UCUGUGGAAGAAACCCAGACACAUCUCUGUGAAAGAACCCCCGUGAUGAUGAUGCAGCAACAUGAUACAAACAAUGUUGCUUGGAGACCUUGAGCCAAGUGCGGUGUGAAGCCAUUGCUCCUUCUCCACGGAAGAUCAUAUCAGUUCUUCACAACUUCUGCAUUUAGAACUUGCGCUGUCAAAAAUGGCUGAGGAAUUUGUGAGCGCUAAAGUGAAAGGUGACAGGGUGGUUUUGUUUUUGAAACCGUCCUGUCCAUAUUGCGUGAUGGCUCAGGAGGUUUUAUCGAAGUAUAGCUUCAAAGCCGGACACCUGGAACUCGUUGACAUCAGCGGACGCGAAGAUGUUAGCGAAAUCCAAGAUUACUUCCUCAAUACAACCGGAGCUCGAACCGUGCCGCGGGUGUUCAUAGGGGAGCAGUGUAUAGGAGGCGGCACUGACAUUGCAGGGCUGGAUGAGAGUGGGAAGCUGGAGGGAAUGCUGCAGUCUAUGGGAGCCCUGCAGUGACCAGCACAGCCCUGCAACCUGGCUGGGACUGGGCUUGUGGCAUCACGUGACUGCAGCUCUGCUCUUCCCCUCUUCUGUAUGAAAUCUCAGUUCAGCCCUGGCUGCUGGUCUAACUCACCAUGCCUCUGAAGAGCUCAGCUCACCGCCAAUCACACGUGCAAGCUCUGGACAUGACAGUGUGCUUGUGGUAGAUUACUGUAUAGAGACUGUAUUAUGCUGAAUGCUUGCUGGAUCUCUGACAGUGUCGAGCUUAUAACUGAGGAAUAAAGGAUGACUUUAUGUUUGCCAGGACUGUAGGCUGGUGAAUGCGGUUGAUGAAAUUACCUGUUCCUACACUGGUGCUUCCACUGUAUGUGCCAUUACCCCCAAUGCACCGCUUACUGAAGCUGAAUAUGUUUUACUGAAACAUUAAAACAUAUCGAUCGAUCAA